AUGGGCGAUAUUUCAAUGACUAGUGAAGACCACAUUUUGCAUGUAAUCGGUGGUGACACUCCAGCCAACAAAGAAACAGUUGUUUCUACCCCUGUGGUACCUCUCCUGCAAAAGUUGGUUGCGGAGCUACUGGCCACCUACUUCUUCAUAUUUGCUGGUUGCACCUCAAUCCUUGUUAACAUAGACAAGGAUAAGGUGAUAACAUUCCCAGGGAUUGCCGUAGUUUGGGGAUUGGCGUUGAUGGUCAUGAUUUACUCCGUCGGACACAUCUCCGGUGCCCAUCUCGAUCCUGCCGUUACCAUUGCUUUCGCCACCAUCAAGAGAUUUCCAUGGAAACAGGUACCAGCUUACAUAGCAGUUCAAAUAGCAGGAGCAACGCUUGCAAACGGUACACUUCGGCUGUUGUUUAACGGCAAACAUGACCAUUUUGUGGGAACAGUUCCGUCUGGCUCCGAUUUGCAAGCUUUUGUGGUUGAAUUCAUCAUUGCGUUUUUCCUCAUGUUUGUUGUCUGCGGUGUUGCCACUGAUAAUAGAGCGAUCGGAGAACUUGCUGGGCUUGCGGUUGGAUCGACCAUUCUUCUCAACGUGUUGUUUGCAGGGCCAAUUUCUGGUUCAUCGAUGAAUCCAGCUAGAAGCUUAGGUUCGGCAAUAGUGUGGAACAAGUAUACCGGAAUAUGGAUUUACCUUACGGCACCAGUGAUUGGGUGCACUUGUGGUGCAUGGGCAUACAGCUUCAUCAGGUUCACAGAAAAGCCAGUCCGUGAAAUAACCAAAAGUGGCUCUUUCCUAAAGGGAUUGGGACUCAAAUAA